UUGAGCUUCAUUCAGUAGGCAGUAUGUCGCAAGCCAACAAACGAGAAAAGUCACUCACUUUCUGUCCGCGCUGCAAACCCGGCUCGCCCGGAUUACGUUCUUCCUUCGUGUCUACUCUGGACGCGCGAUGAUCAAAACACAGUCUAAUCGCAGCUCUCCAUCAUCGCUAUUUGUGUGUUUGACCUUCUCAACGCGACUCACUCUUCGCAAGUGCUACUCUAAGUAGCGUGUCUGGGACUUAGAAGAAGUAGUUCUUGACUGUUUCUCAACCCUCAUGCGCUCUGACCCAGCUGCUAAAUCGUCAUAUUUGUGUGGGAGACGCAUAGAUUACGGACACUGUUUCUUGUUGCCAUUCUUGAGCUGUUGCGGCAAUUUUAGAGCACUCUGAGGUUUAGUCCAGACUGAGGUUUCGGGACUGGGUGGUUGUUUGGUUCUAGACGGACCAACCUUGAGGAGCCUUUGAGUAGCCCUUGCGACGUAAAUUUGUCAAGAGCCAUUUAGAAUGGUGAGGAAUAUGCCUUCCAGUGACAUUUUUGGCAGCAAGCAGCGUUCCCCCGUGCCGAUGAGGCGUCGAGAUGAAAUCAAUGCCACAGAGGAUGCCGCAACCACUGAGCUUGUGAAGGCCGAUGGCGCUGAGGUUCGGGAUACUCUUACCGUGAGAACGGGCAGCUCUUCUCCACGCAGCGAAAGCACCUCUCCCAGAUUCCGCGAUCAGGGAACCACAGGGCCUGCUGAAGUCUCGGUUGAGAAGAAGAAUGAAUUUUUCGAGAUUAAGGGCAAUAUGAGCAUGGGUGUAGAUCCCGACAUUGCGUAUGAAAUCCUCACGGAUUAUGAGAAUAAUCCUGAUAUCUUUAAAACCGUAUCAAAGGUUGAAGUGGAGCACAGAGAUAAUUCAAAAUUCGUCACACAGCACGCACAUUGGCAUCUGAUGUUUUGGUCAGGAACCUUCGAGAUGAGAAUGAAAGUAGAAGAAGACCCCAGCGAGAGAGCAGUCUCCAUGAAACUAACCGACCCUGGAUUUUUGAAAAUAUUCAACGGGUAUUGGAGCAUAGAACCACGGGUGGUGGAUGGCAAAUCCAUGGGUUGCAACGUGGUGGUCACGCAGGAAGUUUUGCCGUCGAUGACUCCUCCCGGCCCGUUGGCUUCUGUUGUAUCACGUAUAUUAGGCAACCAAGUGAAAGCAGUUUUGCAAGAUCUGUGCGCGGAAGCUGAGAGAGGGCAGCAAAUGAGACGAGUCUCAGCAGAAUGAGGGAGCUGUGCAAUGCAGCCGACGGAGAAGUUGCUGAACAGAAUUUAGUAUUACACUUAUGUGCUGAGCCUUCAGUACCAACGAGAGAUUGGUGAUGCCAAAUUCGUCGAGCAAAAUUCAAUUUUGAUUCCUUGGAACUGAUAGCACACUUUCAAUGCGAUCGACAAUGUAAGAUCGGAAACUUCGUCAUGCAGCUGUGUGAUAAAUCGAUUUGUAAAUUCAUUUAUUAUGUACAGUAUUCUGUUCUUCUUUUGUUCGUGGUAA